CAAAAUAUGAUUGGUUAAAUCGUAGUGCAGCGUCACCCAGUCAAAAAGUCGAUUGGAUACAUUGUGUUGUUUUCAGGAACGCUUGUCUAAUUGAGUUCUUGGGUGAAGUUCGUGGUUUUGGAGGAUUCAAUGUAAGGAUCUUGUUUGCACCAUGCUGGACAAGGAAUUAAUUGUGUCAGCACCUGGGAAGGUAAUUCUUCAUGGAGAGCAUGCAGUGGUCCAUGGAAAGUUGGCGCUGGCUGUUGCCUUAAACAUGCGGACUUAUCUCAGAGUGGGUCUUAGUGCAGACAGCAGGGUGUCUCUGAACCUACCUAACAUCAACACAUUCCUCAGCUGGGACUUGUCUUCUCUUAAGACAUUGAUGCCUGCAUAUGCAACUGAACUGCAGAAAGUAGAUAAACCAGAUCACGGGCUAAUCCAGCAGCUGCGAGAGUUUAUGGGUGUGCUAGAAGGAUCGAUGGAAAACUCCACCUUGGCAACCUUGGCAUUCCUUUACCUCUAUGUCUCCAUCUUUGCUGGAUCAAGGGAUUGGAUAGGUAUCACAGUGACUGUGUGGUCAGAGUUGCCAACAGGGGCUGGUCUGGGAUCAAGUGCAGCCUAUGUGGUUUGUUUGUCUGCUGCUCUGUUAUCCGCUUGCGGAGUGCUAUCCUGCCCUGUAAAUGGGUGCCAAAUUUCCAGAUGGAAUAGAGAGGAGCUUGAGAUAAUUAACAAGUGGGCAUUUCAAGGAGAGAAAAUCAUCCAUGGUAACCCUUCUGGUGUGGACAAUGCUGUGGGUACAUGGGGUGGAGCUUUAAGGUAUCUUUCAGGUGAUAUAACACCAUUAAACAGUGUUCCAAUACUAAGGAUACUAUUGACAAACACACAAGUUCCUAGAAGCACAAAGGUUCUGGUAGCUGGAGUGAAAGACAAAAUUCUCAAGUUUCCAGCCAUAACAAUUCCAGUGCUUGAUUCAAUCAAUGCAAUUUCCCAUGAGUGUGAGAAGAUACUGGGAGAAAUGGCAACAGGCCCAACAGAUAAACACUAUGAUGUUCUGGAGGAACUUUUUGACAUCAACCAGCACCAUCUCAAUGUGAUCGGUGUGGGCCAUCCGUCACUUGACAAACUAUGUCAAAUAACGCUAGCUCACGGACUGCACAGCAAGCUUACAGGGGCUGGUGGAGGGGGCUGUGGCAUCACCCUACUGAGACCAGGUACUGACAGUAUUACGGUUGAUAAAGUGAUAAAGGAACUUGAAGAUUGUGGUUAUGACUGCUGGGAGACCAAUAUUGGUGCACCUGGAGUGCAGCUUCACUGUACUUCCUCUGUGAAAGAGGAGAUCUCAGAGAUCCUGUGGACACCCUCAUCUGGAAAUCAACAAAAUCUCUGAAAUUAUUUAAUUAAAGAAAAGACUAUUUUUGUAAUGUUUGCCUUCUGGGCAAUACAAUGUUAAAUAUGCUAGUUAAUUUGUACCUCUGUGUUAGGCAUCAGUUUCUUCCCGGACUGGAAGUGAUUCUAUGAAAACAGUAAACACAACUGCUGUCCUAGCAGCCUGAUAGAUUGGAUACUCAAUUGUCCAUCCUGAACCGGACUUUCUCUUUGUUCACCUGACUUACUGACGGUUGCUGUAGUUAUUUAACCUGCAAUGUGCUGCCAAAACCAGUGGGAGGUGCUGUCAAGUUGAGCUUAACUGCUUCAGCUACACUCAGGGUCUCAUGUUUGCUGGUGGUGUCAACAGUAAUUAUUGAGAUGUCUUGGCCUAAUAUGCCCUACCAGUCUUUGACAGAGCAGUUGGAAAACAGAUCACUGAAAAUGCUUCUUAAAAAAACGUUUUACAUCAAUGUGCAAAGGGCAAAAGGUUAAGUGUGUCUUUUAUGCUGUUGCUUUCUAGAUAGAUAUAACAUCUUUUUUAGUGGUCAUCAGGAAAUAUAUUUUCCUGCUAAUAUUUACAGAUGCAAUUAGCUAACAAAUUAGAAGUGAUAAUAUGCCUUUCCUUGAACCAUGAUAGCCACAUGAUACAAUAUAGAUAUUAAGUAAUCCUGCUUUAUGUACCCAUUUUAAUAAGCAGAAGUUGCAUUAUCCAAAAAUGCAGUCUGUACUUAAAUGUCUUAUUGGUGCUUUGAGCCAGCAGAGAGCAGCAUAGCCUUUCUUAAUAUGCUUGGGAUUGUUAAAAAGAAGCUCAUGUUUCGUUUCAUUUUAACUUUAAAGGUCAUUGUGUCCCCAGGCCACCAAAGUAUAUCAGAAAUGGUCAGAGCAAGUUAGCUUUCAGUUGCCAAUGGCCUACAGUGGAGCAUUACGGCAGAUGUUUUAUCAGGCUAAGUAGGUGGAUUACUUGCAAAUACAGUGUGUUACCCCUUUAACAGCUUGAUGUCUUAUUUAUUAAAGUAUGAAAACUUUUAUAAUUGUUCAUUUGCAAGGACUGGUAUAUAGUGUGGUAUAGUGGCUUGGGUGGUGGCUGGUUUAGUUUCUCUGUCUGGCCCUGUGCAAAUCAUUUAACCUUCUUGGGUUCCAGUUGUAAAAAUGUAUAUGGGCCUGUAUGUAAUCCUAAGGGACUUUGGUGGGAAGACAUCCGCCAAGCUAUAGAAAAUGUUUGACUUUAAUGCUAUACUUAUAGAGGGGGACAGUAAAGAAAAUGCUGUAAAUCAAAAAACAAAUACUGAAUAUUCUCAGAAAGGAAGGUCUGAUGCUUUUUUUUGGAUACCAUUUGACAUCUAACAGGUAAAAAGCUUUGGUGCAGUAGUGCCAAAAGUUACAGAUGCUUUGUUUUUCUUGAUGAAGUAUUGAAUUUUUAAUUGAACAACCGUUUUAUUUGGUUUAUGUAGUAACAGCGAAUUGUAAUAAAGGAAGUCUAAUAAAAAAAAAAAACCUAAAAUUUCCAUUAUUUUUUGUUUUUAUUAUAACGUCAUCCACAUGAAAAUAUUAAGUUAUAGAAACAUUUUAAGCUUCCAUUGAGUUUUAUUUUACCCACUUACU